AUGGAAACGGCAAGAGUAAAAGUAGAAAUCACAAGUGCUUGUAACAAGGGGGCGUUGCGGGACGACGGCUUGGUUAUGGGGGCCCUGGGGGAAGGAGGAGGAGGGGGAGGAGAAGGAGGAGAAGGAGGAGGGAAGGGUGGGAAGGAUAUGCUCUUGAACCUGCACUGCACAGCAGAGGGAGCGAGAGGGAGACGGGAGGGAUGGGUAAAUCUGGGUGGUGGGAAGGUUGGAAAGGGAAAGGGUGGGAAGGGUGGGAAGGAUGGGAAGGGUGGGAAGGAUGGGAAGGGUGGGAAGGAUGGGAAGGGUGGGAAGGAUGGGAAGGGUGGGAAGGAUGGGAAGGGUGGGAAGGAUGGGAAGGGUGGGAAGGAUUGGAAGGGUGGGAAGGAGAUUCUUUCGGAUCUGCACAGCUCGGCCUCCGAUGCUCGCUGUGCGUCUCACUCACACGCUCACCCGCAUUGCGCAGCCACGGCGUUGGUGAGCUUGAGAUGA